AACGUUGACUUCCAACCGCCAGAAAACCUCCCAAGAAGAACAGCCAGCGUUGUUUACGUCAUUAACAAGCGCCAAAUGAUUACGUGUUUCUACCGCGCCUGCUUUGUCGAAUAACUAAUAACUAUUCUAAUUUCGAAUUCUCUAUUUCACACUGUGGUGAACUUGGUGUAACUGCCGUUAAUGCUCGACUAACUACGCAUUUUUAGUGCAGCUCUGGAAUUUGAUUGGCCGCUUCUUCCACCUUCUUCCACCGUUGCAGUUAGUGAACUGUGGUCCUGUUAAGAGGAUGGACAGCGAAAUCCAAAGAGACGGAAGAGUCCUGGACCUCACUGACGACGCCUGGAGGGAAGACAAGCUGCCGUAUGAAGAUGUCACCAUCCCCCUGAGUGAACUGCCAGAGGCUGAGCAGGACAAUGGAGGAUCCACAGAGUCUGUGAAAGAACAGGAGAUGAAGUGGACAGACCUCGCCCUGCAGAGCCUUCAUGAAAACACACCCAGCAUUGGAAGCUGAAAGACUGAGAACUGUAGUUACAACCGCUUCCAGACAAAUCCUGAAUUCAUCUCACUCCCCGAACUGCAUUACAACUGGACAAGUAUGAAACAUACAGCUCCUCACCUGUAUUUCACAUCUUACUAUUUUGAACACUUGCAGCAAAACGCCUUCCUUUGCCAAACUUUGCUUUGAAUGGCACAUGAUUAUUUUACAUGUUUUCUCCCUAAGAGGUAUGAAUGCAGAUCCCACAAUCACUCUGUCUUUGCAGACUUGGCCAUGAGCUUCCGGACAUGGUCAUGUGGCCCCUUCCCGACAAGGGCUGAGGGGUGUCGGUAUGAGCCCCCUAGGCGAUCCCAGAGUGUGAAGUAUUGUCCAUAGUUGUAGUAGAAGUAGAGGUGAUGGUCUACAUGGUGAGGAGCACCGUUAAUUAGACUUAUCAGGCAGCCCGGGAUACGGUAGUCUCCGUCAUGUAUGGAAAUUGUCCAAAUGUUGACAAAAACAAAGAGUGAGAGGUAGACGACCUGCAAUGUCAAAAUCCCAAAUGUUAUUUAAAAAAUAUUUCUACAUUUUCUGAUGUAAUGUGAAUGCUGACAUAUGUCAUCAACGUGUCCAAAUUCAUUGUCACAGUCUUUAAAGUCAUAAAUAGAUUAAAGAUCCACUAAGAUUUAGGCCCCCUUUCACCUGGCAUUACAGUGUGUUUUCUGUGAUUCACCACAUGGUAUUAACAUGUGUCCAGUGUUCACAUCAAGAUCUCAUGUCUUCAAAGAUAUCCAGCAACAGACUACAGCGUCACAUUCUGUGUGUUGUCAUAUCAGCAUCAACAAUUAUAGAUACAGGUGAAGUUGCACUGUUGUAUGGACUCCUCUUUGCUCACAUCAAUCACAUUUUAAUGUCAGGUGUGAAGGGGGCCUUAUAAGGGGUAUAUUUGCAGAAAUUGCAUUGUAAGUGUGUUAGUUUAAGUUUCGUACCCUUGGAAUGAACCUUUUAUAACCUUGCACUUUAGGCAUUGCUCUAUAGUUGACACUGUUUUGCGCUGCACUGUUCUACAGCAGCACAAAUGGAUGCUUUUGUCAUGCAAAAGCCACCGUAGUUCCCCCAUUGUGCUUGGGAAAGGGAGGGGUGAGUGGAGGAGUCACCAACUCUUACACACUGGACCUUGGAACAUAACUAAUGCAAACCGAGGCUCGACAGUCAUGAUGUUUGUCACGAACAAUGGUUUGAAAGCUUCAUUUUCAUCCGUGAUAGUGUCCUCCUAACUUAAAAUACUACCUAAACCAUUGGUCUAACACCCAGAUAUUUUGAAAAGAAUGACAGUGUUGCCAUCACCUUGUGGAGUGGGAAGAUGAAAGGGUAGACGUGGUAGGGUAAGCUCUGCAGGAAGCCAUCUAUUGGGUGGAAGGCAUGGCUGGCAAAUGGCGUAGGGAUCUUGAAUACGUGGUGCUGCUUAUGUAAUUGCUGAGGGGGAGAAACACAGAUGGUGACAGUUUUAGGUGCAAGUUUGUGGGGGUUAAACACACCAUGUAAGCAACAUGGUCACAGUUAUAUAAUAAAAGUAAAGUUCAAGCUUCAA